AUGACGCGCGCGCGCGACGCGCGCGCGCCGCGGGCGUGGACGGCGGCGCACAAGCGCGCGCGCGAGCACGACGAGCACGACGACUGGCGACGACGACGGCGACACGUGCUCGCGUUCACGAGCGCCGGGAAGCCGGCGUGGACGCGGUACGGGUCGACGCACGGCGUGAGCGGGCUGUGCGCGACGCUGCAGGCGCUGGGCGCGGUGAGCGCGAGCGCGAUGGGGGGGGAGCUGGAGGGCGCGGAGGUCGGGGGGAGGCGGUUGGCGAGACGGGCGAGCGGCGCGAUGACGUACGCGACGUCGAGCGAUCGAGGCGAGAGCGCGGCGACGCUGGAGAAACAUCUGGAGUGGGUCGAGCGGGGGGUGAAGAUGCUGGUGACGAACGCGGGAUUGGAGACGGCGCUGGCGAAGAAUGCGAAAUUUGACGUCGGGCGGGCGCUGGCGACGGCGACGCGGGCGGACGAGGUGUUGGGGCAGUUGGCGAGGAAUUUGAGCUGGGAGACGUGUUACGUGUUCGAUACGUACACGGCGGUGCGCGUGCGAGCGGAGGUGCGGGAGACGGUGGCGCGGGCGAUGGUGGAGGCGAUGAAGACGGUGACGAAACCGUUCGCGUGCGUGGCGUUCGGAGACGACGGUCGCGUGGGGGCGUACGCGAAACCGCGAGGACAUCGACCGACGACGAUCGCGGCGAGCGAUUUGAUCGUGUUGAUGAAUUUUCUGCGCGUCGUUUCGCGCUGCGAAGGCGACGAAGACUCGUUCACGCGCGUGUGUUUGCCGGAAUUUAAUCCAGACGGGUUCAUGCGCGCGUACACGGCGAGGCUGCGGGCGCGCGACGGCGACGCGGCGGGCGAUGAGGGACAACCGGUGAAGUCGACGCGCGCGUCGUCGGGUUCGAUCGGGAUUUGUAUCAUAACCGCAUCCGCGGACGCGAUGGAGGAAUGUCGCGCGGCGAGAGACGCCUUGGAAAAGCGCUUGAACGACGACGGCGCUUUGGCGCAGAUGGUCGCCGCCGCCGGCGAAUCGAUGUCCAUCGCUAAACUUCCAUCCGAAGCCCUCGGUGGGUUUCAGGACGCGAGUGAGCCGCUCUUGCACUUCGUGUACAACCGCCCCGCGCGUCAUCAGCACGUUUCUUCCGCGUUCAGUCCGUCGUUGAACGGCGCCGACGUCAAGGCGAUUACUCGAGCGUACGCGUCGACGUACACUUCGAUGAAAGAGACCGAAGGCGUCGUCGACGCGAGCGGACCCGGACCCAAAUUCAUCGGCGCCGCGCAGCGCGUUCGAUACGAGCGUCGCGCGCGCUUUUCCGUUUUGGCCUGCGUGGGCGGAGAUUUUGAGAUUUAUUUAACUCUCAAACCGUCGACGACGACGACGACGGCGGUGGCGCUGUGCAAUCGCCUGUGCGUCUGGCUCCGCGUGCACGAGCCCGAGUUAUUCGUGGAGGAGUAG